AACUUGAUAAACAAUAUACAUCUUAUUUGGUCUUGCUAAGCUAUAGUUUCAAAUAGUUCGCUACAAUUCUAAUAAGCAAAGAGAAACUUCAAGACUAAGUUCUCCAAAUUUCUGUUGUUUUGGGGGAUAGUACUAGCCUAUUAGAUCAUAGUUAGCUAUGUCAUCAACAAUGAGGGAGGACAUAAGAUCAUCUGGAGAGGCCUCUCGCAAUGGGAUUGUUCGCCGGAUGGUGAGCCUUCCCAGAAGCCUGAUAGGUGGAUUUUCAAGAGCAAUGGGUCAGGGUAGAGGCCGCAUAGGAAUAGGAAGAAGGACUCAAACUCUACCAUCAAACUUUCAAAUGCAAAAUCCAGAAGAAUCCCUAAUUGUUCCUGAAACAUUCACCUUUCUACAUAGCUUUGAGCAGCAUUAUGGUACCAUGCAUCCAUUCUUUUAUGCUUGCCAGUUUAUGGAGGCCCUGAAGAUUGCAAAGGAUGAGCACAAGUUCUUGUUCAUGUAUCUGCACUCACCAGAACAUCCCUUCACACCCUCUUUCUGUAGGGAGACACUGUCUUCGGAGCUGGUGGUGCAGUUUCUUGAUGCUAACUUUGUUUCUUGGGCAGCACUCGCCGAUAAAGAGGAAGGUCUACAAAUGGCUGCAACACUUAACCCUUCUUGCUUUCCGUUCUGCGCUAUUAUAGCUCCUGCUCCUAGUGAUAGCAUAGCAGUCCUGCAGCAGAUGGAAGGGCCGAUUUCGCCAACUGAGCUUAUAGGGAUUCUGCAGAGGACAGUGGAGGAACAAGGGUUGGCUUUCCGCAGUCAGAGAGCCAAGCAGGCAGAACAAAAUCAAAAAAUAAUUGCAGACCGUCGUCUAAGAGAUGAACAAGAUGCAGCAUAUCUAGCUGCUCUACACAUAGACAAGGAAAAGGAGAAGCUGAAGAGUUCAGCUUUAGCAGACAGAAUUCAGAAGCAAGUACAAGUACAUAAUAAAGCAAAUGCUGAGAAGGUUGAGAAUCAUUUCAACAACACAAAUACUGGAAAAAUGAAGGCUUCUACUACCAGAGAAACUCAAUACAAGGAGUUUGGUAAUAGGGGGAAAGAUCCUCAGGCUGCACAGAUACUGAUAAGGUUUCCGAACGGCGAAAGAAGAGAGCAAUGCUUCUCAAGCACAGACAAAGUGCAGGCAAUUUACAGAUACAUAGAUUCAUUAGGUUUACCUGUCAUUGGAAACUACAGAUUGAUAUCAAGCUUCCCCAGAAAAGUCUAUGGGGUGGACCAGAUGGGGAUGACACUCAAAGAUGCUGGUCUGCAUCCAAGAGCAAGCCUAUUUCUUGAACUUCUGUAACAUCAUGUAGGCGUCUAGAUAUAAUUCAAAGAGGUACAACUACAACUAUAGGCCAGGGAGCCCCAUGCUGCUCACAGAAGAGGAAUUUUAUCAUAAAUGUGUUUUGAUAUGUAAUGGAUGUAUAAGUAACACAACAAAGAUUCACAGUUGUAGCAGAUUCAUAGCAAAAAAAAAACAAAAAGGGAACCUGUCA